UCAAAAACAGCGAAGGCGCAAGUCAAGACGUACCUUUCUGUCCUUUCUUGAGUCAUUAUUGCAAUGUCAAGUCCUGCUCGCGCACAACCAUCUAGUUCCUCCAUCUCAUCUCAAUGUGUUGUCAUUUGCGGAGAAGCCGGAUCUGGUAAAAGUUCUUUGGUCAAUUUAAUCGCUGGGAGGAAUAUUGCAGUGACAUCCUGCGAUGCUGGGGGAUGUACAGCUGAAACUAAUAUGUACGACGAUUUGAUGAUUCGGAACGAGACGUUGAAGGUAAAGCUUGUCGAUACAGCUGGUUUGGACGAGGGCCCCCGAGGCACAGUCCCAGAUACAGAAGCUCGAAGAAUGUUAAAGAAGCUCCUUCGAACUUUGACGAAGCAAGGCGAUAUUCAUCUCAUCAUGUACUGUGUACGGGGUGAGAGAGAGAUUCGGACGCUCCGCCGGAAUUACGAGUUAAUCCGCUCCCAAGUAAAGAGAAAAGUUCCAAUUGUCCUUGUCGUCACAUGUUUGGAAUCCUAUCAACCAGAGAUGGAAGACUGGUGGAGGGUUAAUGAGCCAACCAUCUCACACCACGGUAUGACCUUCGCUGGCCACGCAUGUAUCACCACGGCGACAAUGACAGGACCUAUGUGUGUGCAGCGCCGCACCCAUUCAUACGACGCUGUCUGCAAACUCAUCGAGCAGUGUCGCCCAUCGAGUGACGCAGGGGUUCACACUGGAUUGUCACCAGGCACUAUUCACCCCAUCCAUUCUACAAAGCCUGCGACCAACACAAAUGUUGUCAUCUUUGGGCAGACAGGGGCAGGCAAAAGCUUACUCGUCAAUCUCAUGGCGGGAGAGGACGUAGCAAAGACGUCCAGUGACCUGGAACGCUGCACGACGAAGUGGCAAGAACAUCUCAUCAAAUUCGAUGGUGGCUCUUAUAAUAUAUUUGAUACUGUUGGACUUCAGGAAUCACAAUCGCAAACCCUACAGUACCUCAAUGCUGUCGAGGACACCCAUAGCCUCAUCCAGAAAUUGAAGAGACAAGGUGGCAUUGAUCUACUCAUCUUCUGCGUGCGCGCAUGCCGACUCACUACUACGCUCCGAAGCAAUUACCGGCUCUUUAACGAAUUCCUUUGUGGAAAGAAUGUCCCCAUUGUUAUGGUGAUCACAUACCUCGAAAACGAAGACGGGGAAAUGGAUGCCUGGUGGAAGAGAAACAAGAAAACUCUCCGUCACCACGAGUUCGAUGUCGAUGGACAUGCGUGCAUCACCGCUCUUCGAAGUGAUUGUCCAAAACGGUAUGAACGGUAUGAACAAUCGCGCACCACGAUACGCAAACUUGUCAAGGAGUUCACUGCUGACGGUCGGAAGAAGCGAGAAUGCAGAGGAGGAGACGACUCGUUAGUGUCAUCGAGGCAAAAGCUGAAGAAGCUACCUUCAGAGAAUUCGCGUUCGAAGGAUAUUGUCCUUUACCUCACCAAGAGGUGCGGUUUGUCUCCGGACGUCGCAAAGCAGUUGGUUGAUAGGAUUAAGAAAGGCGCGGUAGAAGGAGCUACUUGACUUCGUAUUCGAUAGCCUGUGCUCAUCCCGUUUGUAGACUUUUAAAUCGAUCUUGAAACCGCAGCGCGUUGAUGAGGGAUUAGCGCCUGUAGCACUACAGAUCAUGGUCACAGAUCAUAAUGCCAACGAAGAUGGGACUUGCAAUAUUGAUUCCAUGUUGCUGUCGAGUGAGUGUUCUUGCAUCCAUGUAGAAAUUAGUAGUACCCAAAAACCGUCACACGUGAUUCUGCCAUCUGCCGGCAGAAUUUAGGCUCGGAGCCAGCCCAGCUCCGAGUCGUAACCACGGAGGAGCCGAGUGGCGACAUAGUUAACCUAUUGCGGC